AAAAAGAGCAAAAGCGGCAUACAACAAGGCUGAUACCGAGCUUUAGCAGCUAUUUUUAUUCCCAUCACUAUUCUAAAUAUUACUUAACCGCUGGACAGUUCUUAAACUCUAUAUAUUGAGUAAUAACUCACCACGCUCUUGUCUUCAAAUUAUAAACAAACCUUACCUUACAUACAGCUCAAGUCUGCACCCCGCCCCCGCCUUUGGUUUUUGUUCGCGCGUUUUGCAACCCACCGACCGUCUAGGUUGACGUUACUCCCAUACACGAUAAGGGAGGAUACGGGUUUGAAGUCCCUCAAGAUGCCGUCAUUAUUUUCAUCGGGUCAGAAACAAAUGAUAGCACAGUUUAUCGGCAUCACAGGUGCACGAGAUAGCGUUGCUGGCAAGCUUCUCAAAACAAACGGAUGGAACGUUGAACGUGCUGUAGAUGCGUAUUAUCAGAACUCAGCAGAAAGCGCUUCUAAUGCCUCGGUUGCGGAUCUCAACAAACUAUUUGAUAGUUAUCGCGACGACCCUGCAGAGAACCCAGAUACCAUUGGGGUUGAAGGCGCGGUUAAGUACUUAGAGGCCAUUAACGUGCAAUUAGAUGAAGUUGUUUGUCUUGCCAUCGCAGAACAUCUACGAUCUCCAUCCAUAGGAGAAUUUACAAGAGAACCCUUUAUUGACGGUUGGAAAAAUGUUAACUGCGACACAAUCUCGAAACAAACUUCCCACGCUGCAUCGCUUCGCGCCCGCAUCCCCAACGAACCCGACCUUUUCCGCCGUGUGUACCGUUACACCUUCCUAAUCUGCCGCCUGGCGGGCCAGCGCAACCUCAGUAUCGAUAUCGCUACGGAGCAAUGGCGACUCUUCUUCACCAGCUCCAAUGGUGGGAUCAACUGGAACACACGCAGCACACCCUGGCUCGAUUGGUGGAUUGAGUUUAUUGAGAGGAGUUGGAAGAGGCCUGUCAACAAAGAUCUGUGGGAACAGGUUGAAGUGUUUAUGAGGAAGACGAAGGAGGAUGAAACUUUUAGCUGGUGGAGUGAGGAUGGCGCGUGGCCGGGUGCCAUUGAUGAGUUUGUUGGGUUCGUACAGGCGAAGAGAGGUGGCAAGGGGCCUGCGGCGGAGGCUAUGGAGGUUGAGUGAGCGGCCAAGGAAGUGAUUUUUUUUUCCCAACUAGAUGGCCUGUUCAUUCCAUGAUGUCUUGUGUAUGUGGGUGAGGAAAGGAGACUGCGUAUUUCUAAUGGAUUUAGAACGACUUUUAUUUACGAUCCGUAGCAUAUCUAUCUGGACAACUGCGAGGCUCAAGUUGGUGGCUACCAUGUUCGUUUAUUAUUCAUUGCCGAGGGACGUCUAGGAAAGCGGGAGGAGAAGUGGAUGGAAAUGGCCGAAAUAUUCUGAAACAAAGAUCAACAGGCAGAAAUUAGACAAGAAUGAAAGAAAUGGCUCGGGUGUUACACUGUUGAGUACCUACACAUAUAUACAAGGUAUAUAUUCCGUAUUGCGGGUGGUAAAAAGGGCGCUUUUAUAUUUCAUAGGAUCGUAACGCACGUAUCAAGUAAAUCAUAGACCAAUUAACAAAAGAUAGUCAAGGUCAAUAGCGGAAGGAGGAAUAUGAUUAGUGACUUUCUCAGAGCCAGCUG